GAGACAUAAACCUGCCGCACACGCCGCCCUCGUCAUCCUUCGUCGGAUGGUCAGCGGGCAGCCAUGGACGUCCACAAAGUUGCUGUUGUCGUCUGUCUGCUGCUCUUCACCGCAUCAGUGCGAUGCCAGCUUCCCAGGUACAACCUGCUGGAUUACUGCGACCAAACACUGGACGUCGACACCUCCAUGCUGCUUCGCGUGGACAUCCCUGAGUACCAGUCUCUCUCUCAGUCCUGCCAGGUGACCAUCAGCUCCGACCAUGCUCCAAGCAACAACUUUGUCCGCCUGCAGCUGCUGAAUGUGGACGCUGACUGCGAGAGUCUGUCGAUGCGCUUGUAUGAUGGUCAGGGUACCUGGAACCCACUUACGGACGCCAUUUGUGGAUACGUACCAACAUCAGCAAGGAUGCUGAGGACGACUCAAAGCACCCUGACGAUUCACAUCCAAGCCAGCGGCUAUUUUGCUAGAAGCAUGAGGUUCUUGUUGUUGGCAACCAGUUAUUCUCUAGAUUACAACUACGAGGACUUUGAAUGCCACAACUACGGGUUCAUCGCCAGAACGCUGACAUGCGACGGCUACAACAACUGCGGGGAUCGGUCCGAUGAAGACUUCUGUCACGUCAUUUCCUGGUCCUGGAAGAUCCCCGCCAUUGCUGGAGGUUGCAUUACCGCAGUUGUCAUCAUCAUCGUCGUCGUCAUUAUGGCCGUCAGGAGACGAUCCCGUCGCGCGCAGCACGAGAAGACAAAUGUUGCUACCCCAGUCAUGCAGCCUGGUAUCCCAGUGUUGCCAUCCUACGGCGCCAUCCCGGGUAGCGGCUAUCAGCCCCGCACCACGCCCAUGGAGUAUCCUCCAGACUACUCUCAGGUCUCCACCCCGUCUCGAGUGGAGCCAGGGACACCAGCAGUUGAAGGUGCAACUGCUGGCAUGAAGAUCAACUGAUGGCUUGGCUUACCUUGACAGUUUCUUCUCACGGAGUCAUGGCGGUUACUGUGACGUCACAGAAAGUUGUGUACACAUGACCUGGCCUUCUGUUGCUGACUGAGAAGAUAUUGGAAGCACUGUCAAGUAUGAAGGCGGCUGUUGCUCUCAUCAACCGGCUUGUACACCAGCUUGGUCGUACUUUCCAUGCGCACCUCGUUUUUCACAUCCGGUAAAGUUUGUGUGACAGUAGUCGCCCCUAACUCUGCAUCCUGUUGCUUGCAGCUCAAAACAAAUCAGAAACAAUAAGAACACACUUCUUAAAUAAAUCAUUUUACACUGAAACUGGACAGUGAGGUACUAUUCUUGGAUUAACUUCUGAUUUAUUAGAAAACAAAAAAUAUUUUUUAAAGACUAAUGAAUAUAUUUUGUACCUCUUGUUGCUCUUUAAUCACCCAGAUAUUUUUGUACUUUUUUUUAAAAAAAAUUUUAAAGUUCACGUUUUAGAUUUGGAGAAAAAAGUGUAGAUAGCAUCUGUUUUCUUCCUUAUUACUUGAGACAAAGAUCAUAAGACAUGCUGGCAGGUGGCAAGCAAUUCAUGUUAAAAUAACAAACAAAUAAACAACAUAUGUGGACCUCAAUGAGAUCUGCCAUUUGAAAUCCACCCUCUUGUCUGCAGCUACAUUUACAGAGGAGAACAUAGGCAGGUACAUACAGACUGCAUUGCUUUUACACUUCCUAUUGUGGGUAGCUUCCAGUGCAGAAAUAAAAAAAUACAAAAACAGCA